GCUUAUCAAAGAGCCAACUACGAAGCAUUCCACGUUUGCCACUACCCGAGACCUCAGCUAACGCAGUGCGGUUAUUCAAGAUCUCGGCCAGAGAACUUGCGCUUGUUUCAAGACUCUGGAAGAAGUUCCAACCGAAACGGUCAUUACGGAGAAGUGCUUUAAGAGGUCGCAAUGCAAAGCUGGGCUUCAUGAUUGGUGACGUCAUGAGAGCUAAAG